AACAGUUCGCAUCUUAAUAAAAAAAAAUUAUGACCAUGUGAUAAAAAGUCGUGGCAUUUAGUAUUGCCUCUUUCUUUCCAUUAUUUAAUAGAUUUCUAGUUUUAUCUUCAUGAUUUGUUUGUCUUUACUGCCUCCCGCUUUUUCAUGUCAUAUUGAACCUAGUGUGCCCAUUUUCACUGUUUUUGAACACAGUUUUACUGUACAUUAUUUUACUGUGUUACAUGUAAUACCAUGAUUACUAGAAUUUGUUCAUUCAGUGCAAUAGACAUGAUUCAAUGGUCAGGAGUUAUAUGUAUCCUGCUAUUGAUGACGACAGUUGGAGUUGUUAGCCCCCUUAAGUGCCCCAGUUCAGCGAGUGAUUGGGACCGGGCGUCACGUGGUCUUCAGUGUCAGCCCCCUAACUUCUACCAUUGUCUGAGAGAUGAGUCCGGAGUGAACACGGAGCAAUGUGUACCUCGCGUCUGGAUACAGCCGCACAUGUGUCCAGAAUUCAACUCUCGAGUGUCCCGAGUUGAUGUGUACCAGUGUACCGUGACUAACUGUCCCACCUCUCUCUAUUGGUCCAAUGCUGUCUUCAUGUACCCCAUUUGUUUUGAAAAUGGAUCAGCAACUUUAACUUCAAAGCCAGGGUCAACCGUUACUACAACAGCAUUGGAAAAAACAUCCCUCUUUGAACACCAUUUCAGGUCAACAAAAGCUUCCGUAGUAUUGGAACAUACUCCCACAUAUGAUAAAUCCAAAGAUUCAGGAGAUGAGUCUCCUACUGAUGAAUCUCUCCCUGUGGGAGCAUUAGGGAGCAUUAUAGGUGUUAUAGUGUUAUGUGUUGUUGGAGUCCUCAUUAUCCUGGUGUAUUUAAAAAGAAGACGCAGAAAGGGAAACAAUGAAGAGCAACCUGAUGCAGAUGUAAGAAAUGAAGUCAUUGGACCGCCAGAAAACGAAGAAAAAGAAAACAAAAUCAAUGAAAUCAAUGAAACCAGUAACCUAUUGGAGCAAGCUGAUGGAAAUGUGACAAGUGAAGUAAGCAAACAGACAGAAAAAGUAGAAAAAGAAAACAAAAAGGAAACCAAUAACCUAUUGGGUAAUGAAAGUACCUCAGAACUCAAGGAAUCCGUGAAAGUUGGAUGCCAAGUGUAUGUUGUUGAAAGUCAGAAACCAAACGAGCAGACAAGUGUUCCAAAAGAUGAGAGUUCUGUACGAGUUCUGGUGUUAGUGUUAAAUAAACCAAUCAACAGUGUUGAGAUGAACUCAAAGGCCAAGGAAACGUUAGGAAAAAAUUAUUAUUAUUGUUGGACUCUUUCUUAUUAUCAGGAACACAAACAAAAGGAAAGUGUUCCUUUAUUCCCAAAAAACUUUGACUUUGAAAGAGCAAGUGGAAAGGAAAUUUGUGAGAAGAUACGUGAUGUCGGUUUGGAGAGAGAUGUCAACUUUGUUAUAACAGUGCCAUUGAGUGUAUGGUCAGCACAGAGAGAGGAACUUUCUUCUUUUCUGAAUGCUGAUAUAAAUCCUUGUUUUAAAACUGAAUAUUGGUAAUAUAUCGCAAACAAUGAGAAAAAUAAAAGAAAGAGAAAGAAAUCCUCGAUGGAAGCAUCCCUUGUACAACGAUGCUCUCUGAUAGGAAAUAUCAAAGCAAAGAGACAUUUCAUGUCCUAUACAGAUGAUUAAAAGGAUUUUUGCAUAAAAGGCAAAAUCGUGAACGAAACAAAAAAUUAGAAGAGUGCCUAUAUAUAAACUUAAGAAUCUCGAUAAACAUUUUGAUUUUUUUUAAUAAUUCAAUUUAUUAAUGUUUGCCCUCGAAGACUUCCUGACAUUUUAAAUACUUCACUGUGUUUUAUUAAUAUCUACAUGGUUUUGUUUUUUAGAUAUCUAAGUGAGAUAUUAACUUGGGAUUUAUGAAAGAUAUUACCAAAACCUCACGAAAAACUGGCAUUAUUUAUAUAAUCACAUGGUAAUACAGGUAUAAAAGUUUUUGAAAAGUAAAAGUUUUUGAAAAGUUGUAUGAUAUACGAGUAUAUGCUAUACAAAGACUAUUUUCUUAAUUGUGAUUAUGUAAAGUAGUUUACAUCCUCACCUGACGCCUAUUGUCUUGUACAAUUCGUAAUCUCUUGUCCAGUCAUGUUUUUUUCUGUCGAUGUGUUCAUUGCCACACUGCCCUGGUACAGACAUUUUAUUUAGGAGUAGAGUUAUGUGGGGGUUCGGGAGGGGAGUUUAUCAAUGUAUACAGAGUGUUUUAGCUCACUUGAGCCACAAAUAAACAUUUAUCGAUUGUUAGUCGUUGUACUCGGUGUUGUCGUCGUAAACUUUUCACAAUUUUAUCUUCUUCUUCUGAACUUAUGUGAUUAUUUUAAACUUGGCACAGAGUAUCAUUGUGUGAAUUUGAUUCAAAUUUGUUCAAAAUGAAGGGUCAUGCCCGUUUCCCAGGGGGAGUUUAUUACGAAA